GAAGUGGUCAUGGUCCUCUGGAUCGCCGUGGAGCUGGCUCUGAGAGUCUGGUCGGCCGGAUGCAGGUCACGCUAUCAAGGCAUGAUGGGAAGGCUGCGGUUCCUGCGUCGUCUGCUCUGUAUCAUUGGUCAGUGACCCGAUUAGUGGUGUGUCCAUUGUAGUGAUUUCGUCAUUUUUUUUUUAGCAUGUUGAGUUCAAUCAGGCACAACAGUUUGCAGUUUUAUGCAAAAAUAUUUCGUAUAAAUAUGUAUAUUUUUUCAUAAAUAUGUAAAUUUUCUUAAAAUAUGUAAUGUUUCUUUAAAAUGUGUAAAUUUUCUUAUAAAUAUGUAAACUUUCUUAUAAAUAUGUAAAUUUUCAUACAUUAUACAGAAAGCAACACAAACACAAAACGAUUUUAACAAUACUCAGCAUUUGUGCGUGAAAAAAUACGUUUCCCUUCGUAGAGCAUAAAAUACCGAAAACAGUUUUCAACGUUUACGUCUCUAUCAACACUUUUUUAAACAACGAUUUGACUAUAUUUACGCUCUCUCAUUUAUUAUAAUUAAAUACAAGAUUUAAUCAUAAGAUUUAUUUGUUGUAUAAUUCUGGUCGAUCAAGUGUAAAAUUGUGUCUUUUUUUUUUUUUGGUCGGUGUGUGAGAUUUAUAAUGUUGGAGGGUUUUUCUAAAUUUAAUGUACAAGAGGUCGUAAUGAAAAAUCUGGGACAGUGACAAAAUCAAUAGUCUUUCAAUGACCAGGGUAUCACAUUUCGUGCUCGGUACGAGUGUUCUUCAGAUUAUAAUUAAAUACAAGAUUUAAUCAUAAGAUUUAUUUGUUGUAUAAUUCUGGUCGAUCAAGUGUAAAAUUGUGUCUUUUUUUUUGGUCGGUGUGUGAGAUUUAUAAUGUUGGAGGGUUCUUCUAAAUUUAAUGUACAAGAGGUCGUAAUGAAAAAUCUGGGACAGUGACAAAAUCAAUAGUCUUUCAAUGACCAGGUUAUCACACUUCGUGCUCGGUACGAGUGUUCUUCAGGUUAUCACACUUCGUGCUCGGUACGAGUGUUCGUCAGGUUAUCACACCACCUCAAACCGGACUGACCUGUCUGAUCUGUUAAAAGGUCAGCGUGACGGGAGAGCAAAAUUUGCAUGACAGGUGAUAGUGAGUUUGACAGGUCAUGGAAACAGGUCAUGUUAUUUUGACUGGGAAACGUCGUAGUGGGUUGGACAGGUCAUAGUGAGUUUGACAGGUCAUGGACACAGGUCAUGUCAUUUUGACUGACAAGUCGUAGUGGGUUGGACAGGUUGUAGAGGGUGGGACAGGUGGUAGUGGGUUGGACAGAUGGUAGUGGGUUGAACAGGUGGUAGUGGUUUGGACAGGUCGUAGUGGGUUGCACAGGUGGUAGUGGGUUGCACAGGUGGUAGUGGGUUGCACAAGUGGUAGUGGGUUGGACAGAUGGUAGUGGGUUGGACAGGUCGUAGUGGGUUGCACAGGUGGUAGUGGGUUGUACAAGUGGUAGUUGCUUGUACAAGUGGUUGUGGGUUGGACAGGGGGUAGUUGGUUUGACAGGUCGUAGUGGGUUGGACAGAUGGUAGUGGGUUGAACAGGUGGUAGUGGUUUGGACAGGUCGUAGUGGGUUGCACAGGUGGUAGUGGGUUGUACAAGUGGUAGUGGGUUGGACAGAUGUAGUGGGUUGGACAGGUCGUAGUGGGUUGCACAGGUGGUAGUGGGUUGUACAAGUAGUAGUGGCUUGUACAAGUGGUAGUGGGUUGGACAGAUGGUAGUGGGUUGAACAGGUGGUAGUGGUUUGGACAGGUCGUAGUGGGUUGUACAGGUGGUAGUGGGUUGCACAGGUGGUAGUGGGUUGGACAGGUUUUUAGUGGGUCGACAGUAAGACUUCUGAGCAUGUUUUCUUUCUUUAAGCCUAUUUAAAACCAGUUUAUGCCAAGAAGGCCGGCAAAUGUCACUGUUUCACAUAAAACCUUCACUGUCACUGGGUUAUUUCACUCGACUCAUCUGAUUUGUUGACGCUGUCAGUAUAUAUAUAUAUAUAUAUAUAUAUAUAUAUAUAUAUAUAUAUAUAUAUAAAUAUCACUGUUUCACAUAAAACCUUCACUGUCACUGGGUUAUUUCUCUCGACUCAUCUGAUUUGUUGACGCUGUCAGUAUAUAUAUAUAUAUAUAUAUAUAUAUAUAUAUAUAUAUACAUAUAUAUCUCGUUGGCCGAGUGAUCUAAACUGAGUGAAUCUUGGUGGUCUGGAGCUCAAUUCCAGCCAAAGCCAAAAGCAAAAACAUCACCAGCACCCCCGGGUGGAUGGAACUCGUUAACCUUGGAUGGCAACUCAUCCAAGAGAAGGAAACUCUGAAUUUUUUCCCGGAGAUUGAGACCCGUAGGCGGAUGACAUUUGUACAAUGAAACUUUCCGACAACUCCUGUGACGCCACUGGCAGCCAAGCUGUAUCAUCCACAUGAUGUUCCCUUGGGUUAUCCAGCGGCGUGGAGAAAGGUGAUUUGUUGUUGGGAACCAGCUUAUAUUCCUAGAAGAAUAAUCCCAGAUCCUUGUCUUCACCAUCGUCACAUUGUGACGGAAGGAUGCCAGCAAAAUAUAUUAGAUAUAAGUAUUGCUAUGUAUUUUUUUCCAGCAAAUUCAGGUCAAUAGUUUUACAAACAAUCCGUAAAUGGACAAUUGGCAAACCUGCUACCACCUCUUUUUUAGUAGAUUCUUCGAGCUUCGGGAUCCCUCCUAUUUUAUUUCUUUCUUUAUUUUUUUUUAAUUAUUAUUAUUUAAUAUACAUUUUUUGACGUUUCCCAUUAACCUCCUUCCCAAAACGCGUAAACGUCAUUGGAUGCGUCCUUAGCAACGACUUCCUGUUAGAUUCCUACCAAGCUAAAUUCUGUUUUAUUCUCUGUUGUUGAUUUUUUCUGUUUGUUGUAGAAGACUAUUUUGUUUCGCCUCUCUUCCAUUUUUCCCGUACCACGUGUUUUAAAUUUCUUAUUAGUAUGCACAGAAGCGAUGUUUUGCAUAAACUACACAGGCACACACACACACACACAGACAAGCAUCAUCCCAUAAGUUCCACGGCUCACCAUGACAAUGACUUUCUGUUGACCGUGGUCAGAUAUCUGCCUGGUGGUCGCCAGCUGUGUCAUCAUGAUCAUCGGGUCGACACAAGAGUUCCCGCAGACCGUGCUCAGCGCCCUCAGAUUCUUCCAAAUCGCCCGCAUGGUCCGCAUGGACCGCAAGGGAGGCACGUGGAAGCUGCUGGGCUCUGUGGUGUGGGCGCAUAGACAGGUGAGUGGCCAACGGUUUACCUGUAGCUGAAAGCAGGUGGGUGAGGUCCUUAUUUGUUCAUGGUUAUAGUUGGGUGUCGGCAUUAGGCUCAUCAGAUGAUUUAGAGACAUGCUAUUUCAACGAGAACUUUGAACUUUUAUUUAUCGUCCAUUUGAGUGAUUGCAACCUUCCUAAUACCGUGAACUUUUAAUACAGUUCCUCGUGUUGUGGUGACCCCAAUAAAUAAAAUUAUUUUCGUUUCCACCUCAUAAGUAUAUGUUUCCCGAUGGUCUUAGUCGACCCCUGUGUAAGGAUUCGCGACACACAAGUAUAGAAACACUGGUCUAUUUUAUCUUGCAAGAAUAUUGUCUUACUCGCGUCACAUACAUCUCUUCCGUGUUCAGAAUAUAGAACAGAAAUCAAUUACUGAAUCAAGAACUGAGUGCAUAAAUCAAGUUCACAGUUAGAUCAGAAAUCAACGUAUGCUUUAGGACAAAAAAUCAAUUUCUCAAACUCUAAAACGAAUUAUAAUCGCACGUCAUUACAAUCAAACUGCUGUCAAUGUCAUAAACUUACCACGUAAGUCAAUUUAAACUUUAAAAAAAAAAAAAUAAUUAAAAAAUUUAAGUUUGUAUUCCACCCCCAGGAGCUUGUGACCACCCUGUACAUUGGUCUGCUCGGUCUCAUCUUCUCGUCGUACCUGGUGUACAUUGUGGAGAAGGACGAGCCUCGGAUCGACGCCGUGGGGCCCAAGCAGCAGUUCAACAACACCGGGUACAAACCCAAGUUCAACAACUUCGCCGAUGCCAUCUGGUGGGGAGUUGUAAGUAGGUCAAUUUGCAGGGGGUGGGGGGUGGUAAAUGGGCAAAUUCGAAGUUUGGAAAUAUAAGUAGGUCAGUUUGUAGCAAGAGUUCUAAGUUGUCAAUUUAUUUUGCAAGUACUUUAAUAGGUAGACAUAAAAGGGGGGGGGGGGGGUUUCCAGGUUAUGUGGAGUAAGUCAGUUUGAAGUGUUGAGUUCAAAGUAGGUUAGUUUGAAGUGUGGAGUUUAAAGUAGGUCAAUUUGCAAUGAAGAUUUUAAGAAGUCAUCUGUAAGUUAAGAGUUGUCAAUAGGUCAGUUUUAAUGGUUCGUUGUACUUAUGUCAGCUAAAGUGAUGAAGUUAAAAUAGUUCAUAUUUUAAUUUGGAUCUGAAUAUUGGUGAAAAUUGAUGCAGAGAAUUAAUUACUUCGUCAAUAUCCAAUGCGGAGACAACAUGUACGCUUGUGUAUAUUGGCUAAUGUAAGAUCGAAAUAUGUGCGGAUUUGUCUCUCUUUGUUUUAACUCUCUGUUUCUCUUUUUGUUAACUCUGUUUCUCUUUUUGUUAACUCUCUGUUUCUCUUUGUUUUAACUCUCUGUUUCUCUUUUUGUUAACUCUGUUUCUCUCUGUUUCUCUUUGUUUUAACUCUCUGUUUCUCAUUGUUUUAACUCUCUGUUUCUCAUUGUUUUAACUCUCUGUUUCCUUUGUUUUAACUCUCUGUUUCUCUUUGUUUUAACUCUCUGUUUCUCAUUGUUUUAACUCUCUGUUUAUCUUUGUUUUAACUCUCUGUUUCCUUUGUUUUAACUUUCUGUUUCUCAUUGUUCUAACUCUCUGUUUCUCAUUGUUUUAACUCUCUGUUUCUCAUUGUUUUAACUCUCUGUUUCUCAUUGUUUUAACUCUCUGUUUCUCAUUGUUUUAACUCUCUGUUUAUCUUUGUUUUAACUCUCUGUUUCCUUUGUUUUAACUUUCUGUUUCUCAUUGUUCUAACUCUCUGUUUCUCUUUGUUUUAACUCUCUGUUUCUCUUUGUUUUAACUCUCUGUUUCUCAUUGUUUUAACUCUCUGUUUCCUUUGUUUUAACUUUCUGUUUCUCAUUGUUCUAACUCUCUGUUUCUCAUUGUUUUAACUCUCUGUUUCUCAUUGUUUUAACUCUCUGUUUCUCAUUGUUUUAACUCUCUGUUUCUCUGUAAAUGGGGUGUAUUCUGGUGCGCACCAAGUUGACGCCAGCUUUACAUUUUAAGCACAAGUGGAAAAUAUAAAUAGCAUAAGUUAAAGUCUUUUUAGUUAGAGAGUCCAUUAGAACUUCAGCCUUUUCUGAGAAUUUUAUGACCCCGAUUCAGUGGCCGUUUUAGACAUGUGCUCUUCGCCCGAUGCCGUAGACAAGGUAAAAUAAGAAGUUUGAAUGAGAGCACGUGCAGGAGCCCGUACGUUACCCCCCAUAAAGUAUAUUUUUCUUGCAUAAUCAAGUUAAAUUAGAUGUUUUCAUUCUAACGACUUUUUCGAUGUGAUGAUUCAACGGUGUUUUAAAAGAAGUAUUCAACUUUAGAAUGACACGCUUCAGUGGCGAUCUUUUGAAGACGUUAACCAGCUUUUAGUUUAUUUAAUGUAAAAUUAAUGCAUUUAAAAAAAGUGAAAGAAGUAGAAAAUAUGCUAAAUGUAAGAUAUGCUAAGUGUAAGAUAGGCUAAGUGUAUGAUAUGCUAAGUGUAAGAUAUGCUAAGUUUAUGAUAUGCUAAGUGUAUGAUAUGCUAAUUGUAUGAUAUGCUAAGUGUAUGAUUAUGCUAAGUGUGUGAUAUGCUAAGUGUAGGAUAUGCUAAGUGUAUGAUAUGCUAAGUGUAUUGUUACGCACUGACUUUUAUUGGGAGGCAGCUCUCUAUAACAGUAUGAUAUGCUAAGUGUAUGAUAUCCUUGUGAAUUACAUUCAAAUCUACUAUGGUUCCACAAAAUUUAUCGUCAAUAGCCCGUUUUCCAAAAGAAUUAUUUUCAGUAAGUACACAACAAAAAUUUACACGCACUCAUAAAAACCUGCGUUUUAAUAAACAAAUAUUCAGUCUAUCUUACCAAAAUGUGUACGUGAAUUGUACACACAUCACGGACGUACACUAAGUUCGAAAUAGCCUGAUAUUUAAGUGUAUUUCACUUCAUUGAGGUUUUUUGUUAAGUCCUAACAAUACUAACCUGGCUUAUGUUCAAGUUCUUAUCGUAAUGUUGGGUCUGUAAAUAGGACACGGCUUGACUGAGUUUGAAACGUCUUUCUGACCAGGUGACGCUGUGCACCGUGGGGUACGGCGACGUGGUGCCUGCGUCAUGGGGAGGAAAGGUCAUCGCCUCGUUCUCGGCCAUCCUCGGCAUCUCCUUCUUCGCCUUACCUGCGGUAAGAUCACUUCAACGUCCAUCUGCUAGCUCCAAUUGAUUUCUCUCGAUUAUCUGCCUAUAUAAAUAUCUGUCCAUAUAAAUACAUAUAUAUAAAUACAAUAUAUAUAUAUAUAUAUAUAAUAUUAAGCUACUCGUUUCUAUGGCAGCAUCUAUGUAUUUUAAAAAAUUGCAGUUUUUUAUGUUCAUUUAGAUUUUCCAUAUAAUCUUGAGAUAAUCUUAAGAUAACUUUAGUUUUCCGAUACAUAGCAUUACCCAUCACUUCAACUAAACGCCCGGUGAACAUGUAUUUAGUACUCUAACCAAAUUGUCAAUCAGAUUUAGCCUAGAUUUAUUGGGUUUAACCAACCAGUCCAUCAAUCAUGUUUAGACUAGCUCUACUAGGUUUAACCAACCAGUCCAUCAAUCAUGUUUAGACUAGCUCUACUGGGUUUAACCAACCAGUCCAUCAAUCAUGUUUAGACUAGCUCUACUUGCUUUAACCAACCAGUCCAUCAAUCAUGUUUAGACUAGCUCUACUGGGUUUAACCAACCAGUCCAUCAAUCAUGUUUAGACUAGCUCUACUGGGUUUAACCAACCAGUCCAUCAAUCACGUUUAGACUAGCUCUUCUGGGUUUAACCAACCAGUCCAUCAAUCACGUUUAUACUAGCUCUACUUGCUUUAACCAACCAGUCCAUCAAUCAUGUUUGGACUAGCUCUACUUGCUUUAACCAGCCAGUCCAUCAAUCACGUUUAGACUAGCUCUACUGGGUUUAACCAACCAGUCCAUCAAUCAUGUUUAGACUAGCUCUACUGGGUUUAACCAACCAGUCCAUCAAUCAUGUUUAGACUAGCUCUACCGGGUUUAACCAACCAGUCCAUCAAUCGUGUUUAGACUAGCUCUACUGGGUUUAACCAACCAGUCCAUCAAUCACGUUUAGACUAGCUAUACCGGGUUUAACCAGCCAGUCCAUCAAUCAUGUUUAGACUAGCUCUACUGGCUUUAACCAACUAGUCCAUAAAUCAUGUUUAGACUAGCUCUACUGGCUUUAACAAACUAGUCCAUCAAUCACGUUUAGACUAGCUAUACUGUGUUUAACCAACCGGUAUAUCAAUCACGCUCAGACUAUCUAUACUAGAUUUAAUCAGCCAGUCCAUCAAUCACGUUUAGACUAGCUCUACCGGGUUUAACCAGCCAGUCCAUCAAUCACGUUUAGACUAGCUCUACCGGGUUUAACCAGCCAGUCCAUCAAUCACGUUUAGACUAGCUAUACCGGGUUUAACCAGCCAGUCCAUCAAUCACGUUUAGACUAGCUAUACCGGAUUUAACCAGCCAGUCCAUCAAUCACGUUUAGACUAGUUAUACCGGAUUUAACCAGCCAGUCCAUCAAUCACGUUUAGACUGGCUAUACCGGGUUUAACCAGCCGGUCCAUCAAUCACGUUUAGACUGGCUAUACCGGGUUUAACCAGCCAGUCCAUCAAUCACGUUUAGACUAGCUAUACCGGGUUUAACCAGCCAGUCCAUCAAUCACGUUUAUACUAGCUAUACCGGGUUUAACCAGCCGGUCCAUCAAUCACGUUUAGACUAGCUAUACCGGGAUUAACCAGCCAGUCCAUCAAUCACAUUUAGACUAGCUAUACCGGGUUUAACCAGCCAGUCCAUCAAUCACGUUUAGACUAGCUCUUCUGGGUUUAACCAACCAGUCCAUCAAUCACGUUUAUACUAGCUCUACUUGCUUUAACCAACCAGUCCAUCAAUCAUGUUUGGACUAGCUCUACUUGCUUUAACCAGCCAGUCCAUCAAUCACGUUUAGACUAGCUCUACUGGGUUUAACCAGCCAGUCCAUCAAUCAUGUUUAGACUAGCUAUACCGGGUUUAACCAGCCAGUCCAUCAAUCACGUUUAGACUAGCUAUACCGGGUUUAACCAGCCAGUCCAUCAAUCACGUUUAGACUAGCUAUACCGGGUUUAACCAGCCGGUCCAUCAAUCACGUUUAGACUAGCUAUACCGUGUUUAACCAGCCCGUCCAUCAAUCACGUUUAGACUAGCUAUACCGGGUUUAACCAGCCGGUCCAUCAAUCACGUUUAGACUAGCUAUACCGGGUUUAACCAGCCAGUCCAUCAAUCACGUUUAGACUAUCUAUACCGGGUUUAACCAGCCAGUCCAUCAAUCACGUUUAGACUAGCUAUACUGGGUUUAACCAGCCAGUCCAUAAAUCACGUUUAGACUAGCUAUACCGGGUUUAACCAGCCAGUCCAUCAAUCAUGUUUAGACUAGCUAUACCGGGUUUAACCAGCCGGUCCAUCAAUCACGUUUAGACUAGCUAUACCGGGUUUAACCAGCCAGUCCAUCAAUCACGUUUAGACUAGCUCUACCGGGUUUAACCAGCCAGUCCAUCAAUCACGUUUAGACUAGCUAUACCGGGUUUAACCAGCCAGUCCAUCAAUCACGUUUAGACUAGCUAUACCGGAUUUAACCAGCCAGUCCAUCAAUCACGUUUAGACUAGCUAUACCGGGUUUAACCAGCCAGUCCAUCAAUCACGUUUAGACUAGCUAUACCGGGUUUAACCAGCCAGUCCAUCAAUCACGUUUAGACUGGCUAUACCGGGUUUAACCAGCCAGUCCAUCAAUCAUCCCCAGGGCAUCCUCGGCUCGGGGUUCGCCCUCAAAGUCCAGCAGCAGCAGCGUCAGAAACACCUGAAUCGCCGCCGCGUGCCGGCCGCCAACCUGAUCCAGUGCCUGUGGCGGUGCUACGCGGCUGACGAGCACAGCAUCUCGACAGCCACCUGGAAGCCCCACAUGAUCCCCUGCCCCAGCCCGACCUCGUGA